AUGGCGGCGCUGGUGGGCGCCGCGCUGCUGCUGGGCGCCGCGCUGGGCUGCGGCCGCCCCGUCGGGGCCGUGCCCGGGCCGUUCCCCUUCCCCUUCCUGGACCCGGCGCUGCCCUGGCACCGCCGCCUCGACGACCUCGUGGGCCGCCUCAGCCCCGCCGAGAUGGUGCUGCAGGUGGCGAGAGGGGGUGCCCUGGGCAACGGCCCCGCGCCCCCCAUCCCGCGCCUCGGCAUCGGGCCCUACAACUGGAACACGGAGUGCCUGCGGGGCGACGCCGAGGCCCCCGGCUGGGCCACCGCCUUCCCCCAGGCGCUGGGGCUCGCCGCCUCCUUCAGCCCCGAGCUCGUCUACCGCGUGGCCAACACCACCGCCACCGAAGUGAGGGCCAAGCACAACCAUUUCGCUGCCACGGGCCACUACGAGGACCACACGGGGCUCAGCUGCUUCAGCCCGGUGCUGAACAUCAUGCGGCACCCGCUGUGGGGCAGGAACCAGGAGACGUACGGGGAGGACCCGUUCCUCACCGCGGAGCUGGCCGCCGGCUUCGUGCGGGGGCUGCAGGGCCAGCACCCGCGCUACGUCAAGGCUAGCGCCGGCUGCAAGCACUUCAGCGUGCACGGGGGCCCCGAGAACAUCCCCGUGUCCAGGCUCAGCUUCGACGCCAAGGUGCUGGAGCGGGACUGGCGCGUGACCUUCCUGCCCCAGUUCCAGGCGUGCGCGCGCGCCGGGUCCUACAGCGUCAUGUGCAGCUACAACAGGAUCAACGGCGUUCCGGCCUGUGCCAACAAGAAGCUGCUGACGGACAUCCUGCGGGACGAGUGGGGCUUCGAGGGCUACGUGGUGAGCGACGAGGGUGCCGUGGAGCUCAUCAUGCUGGGGCACCACUACACGCGCAGCUUCCUGGAGACGGCCGUGGCCGCGGUGAACGCCGGCUGCAACCUGGAGCUCUCCUACGGCCUGAAGAACAACGUCUUCAUGCACAUCACCGAGGCCUUGGCCAUGGGCAACAUCACGCUGGAGACGUUGCGUGCCCGGGUCCGGCCCCUCUUCUACACGCGCCUGCGCCUGGGGGAGUUCGACCCCCCGGCCAUGAACCCCUACAGCGCCCUGGACCUGAGCGCCGUGCAGAGCCCCGCGCACCGCACCCUCGCGCUGGAAGCCGCCGUCAAGAGCUUCGUCCUGCUGAAGAACGUGCGGGACACGCUGCCCCUGCGGGCGCAGGAGCUGCGCGGCCAGCGCAUCGCGGUGCUGGGCCCCUUUGCUGACAACCCCAGGGUGCUCUUUGGGGACUACGCACCCAUCCCCGAGCCCCAGUACAUCUACACGCCCCGGAGGGGUCUGGAGACGCUGCCCGCCAACGUGAGCUUCGCGGCGGGCUGCGGCGAGCCGCGGUGCCAGCAGUACUCGCCGGCCGAGGUGGAGGCGGCGGCGCGGGGAGCCGACGUGGUGGUGGUGUGCCUGGGCACGGGGACGGACGUGGAGACGGAGGGGAAGGACCGGGAGGACCUCGCCCUGCCGGGCCACCAGCUGCAGCUGCUGCAGGACGCCGUGCGCGCGGCUGCCGGGCGCCCCGUCGUGCUGCUGCUGUUCAACGCGGGGCCGCUGGACGUGAGCUGGGCGCAGGGGCACGGCGGUGUGGGCGCCAUCCUGGCGUGCUUCUUCCCGGCGCAGGCCGCCGGCCUCGCCAUCGCCAGGGUGCUGCUGGGCGAGGAGGGCGCCAACCCGGCGGGCCGGCUCCCGGCCACGUGGCCGGCCGGCAUGCACCAGGUGCCCCCCAUGGAGAACUACACCAUGGCGGGGCGGACGUACCGCUACUACGGGCAGGAGCCCCCGCUCUACCCCUUCGGCUACGGGCUCUCCUACACCACCUUCCGCUACCGGGACCUGGUGCUGAGCCCCGCGGCGCUGCCCGCCUGCGCCAACCUCACCGCGUCCGUGGUGGUGGAGAACACGGGGCGGCGGGACGGCGAGGAGGUGGUGCAGCUGUACCUGCGGUGGGAGCAGCCCUCCGUGCCGGUGCCCCGCUGGCAGCUGGUGGCCUUCCGCCGGGUGGCCCUGCCGGCCGGCCAGGCGGCCAAGCUGGUCUUCCAGGUGACGGCCGCGCAGCGCGCCGUCUGGGCGCCGCCGUGGCGCCUGGAGCCCGGCGCCUUCACCGUCUUCGCCGGCGGGCAGCAGCCGGGCCAGGAGACGCGGGCCGGCUCCGAGGUGCUCAGCGGGCGGUUUCGGGUGACCGGCGCUGCCCGGCCCCUGAGCAGCUGCUAGAGCCCGGCGCGACGCGGCGGCAGGGUGCUCGGGCAUCUGCCUUGCAAUAAAGGCUGCCGGUGGCGGCUGGCACUGUG